GAUUUCUUUAUAAAACAACUGCAUGGGCGCCAGAAGAGAAGUUCGAAUCAGCACUGAAGAGACAUGGGAGAAUUUCACAUACAAGGUAUUAAUUUGGAGUUGACGGAGAACCUAUUCCAGCACAAGACUGAUGGAUUCAGGAGCUCCAACGAGUUGGUGGUGCGGAGAGGUGCCCCAUUCAAGUUCAGCCUGUUGUUAAAUGGAAGACCAUUCAACCCCAGUACGGACCUGCUCAAGAUCAAGAUCAUGCUAGGUCGGCUAUACGCUGUAAUGACAGUGAGCCACAGCCCACUGCGCUCGCCGUCUCGGUGGACAGCCUUCAUGGACCCGUCCCUGAACCCCCUGGAGCCCUCUCUGUACAUCUGCUCUCCUGCUUCUGCUCCAGUUGGACGGUACCGCUUUGUGGUGUGUGCUUUCACUAAAGAAGGACAGAGCCUGUGCACGCUGGGCAAAUUUACCCUCCUCUGUAACCCCUGGUGCAAAGAGGAUUCAGUGUUCAUCCCGUUUGAGGACCAGAGAGAAGAGUAUGUCCUGAACGACUCCGGUCUGCUGUUUAUGGGGACCGCCAUGAACCUGGUGCCGCGUCCAUGGUCUUUUGAUCAGUUUGAGUCUGGGGUCUUAGAGGCCUGUCUGAACCUUCUGGAGGUGAGCCCCCAGCACCAGUUAAACCGGAAAGUGGACCACCUGAAUCGUCAUGAGCCUGUGUACCUGAGCCGUGUUGUGUCUGCUAUGAUAAACUCAGAGGAUGACAAAGGGGUGCUCAAAGGGAACUGGUCUGGGGACUUCAAACAAGGAGUGAACCCGUCUGCGUGGACCGGCAGUGGAGACAUCCUGAGACAGUGGGCCCAGUCCGGAUUCAGCCCAGUCCUAUACGGACAGUGCUGGGUGUUUGCAGCCGUCAUGUGCACAGUUAUGAGGGUGCUUGGUAUUCCCUGUCGUGUUGUCACCAACUAUAACUCAGCCCAUGACACAAACGGUAACCUGGUGAUAGAGGAGUACUACACCAAAACUGGACAGAAGCUCAACGGCAGCAAAGACAGUAUAUGGAACUUCCAUGUGUGGGUGGAGUGCUGGAUGUCCCGGCCUGACCUGGGAUCAGCAAUGGACGGGUGGCAAGUUCUUGACCCAACCCCGCAGGAGAGAAGUGGAGGUGUGUUCUGCUGUGGCCCCGCGCCUGUCAGAGCUAUCCGAGAACGGCGUAUAGACCUGAUUUACGACGUCCCUUUCGUGUACGCCGAAGUGAAUGCAGAUGUCCAUACCAUUAUUGUGAGCCAGGGCCAGGUGGUCAGAGUGAAUAGAGACACAGAGAAAGUGGGAGCCAUGAUCUGCACUAAGGCUGUAGGCUUGCCCAGGAUCCAGAACAUCACCGGGGACUAUAAAGUGGUCAGAAGUCCAAUGUCUACUCUGUCAUCAAUGAGUUCAAGAAGCUCUGAUGAGUCUACACUGAGGAGAGCCUCAUCUGCACAACACGGAGUCAUGGUCUUCUUGACUCUAGACAAAGCUGCAGUUUCUGGAGAGCCCAUCCGCUUCACUGUGAAGAUCAUCAACCAGCAGAACAAAGUCAAACGCCUGAAGAUUCACCUCAACGCCCAGGCCAAAGAGUACAACCACAGCCCCUCUGACACCUUCUGGGAGUCGCACGGGAUCGUCCAGAUGGGCCCUGCUGAAGUUAAAAUCAUUCAGCAGCAGAUCCUCCCGCUGCAGUAUGAAGAUGUGGUAGGAGACGACCUGAUAAACCUGGCUGUGGUUUUGGAGGACAUGACCACGCUGGAGCAGGCCCUGGCCACAGAGGAGUUCAACAUCGCCAGCCCACAACUUCAUAUCAAGAUCGCAAAUGAAAACUCCGUGAUGGUGCACAAAGAACAGAUAGCCACAAUAACUUUCACAAACCCCUUCUCUCAUCCCGUCAGUGGAGUUCUGAUCGUGGCUGGGGCAGGUCUCAUCCAGGACAAAGUCACCUACAGGAUGCCUCCACUGAAAGCUGGUGGAAAAGUCCAACAGGCCAUCUCCUUUAUUCCUCGGAUGGUUGGAUCUAAGAUGUUGCACGCUAACCUCAUGCUUGCAGAUGUUAGAAGCACCGUGCGUGGAUUCAAGAUGGUGUCUGUUAAAAGCGGAUAAUCCUUGUUACUUUCACUUCAGCUUUGUAUGCAUUUAUUGUAUAUAAUGCAAGCAUUUUACAUUUGUAUGUAUAUAGUUUAAUUUUUAUUUACAAAACUUCUUCCAUACCAUUCUCAAGUAAUGUGAAUAUAUUUAUUUAUAUAUUUAUUUGUGUAUUUUUGUGUUUAAUAUAUGUACAAUGAGGUGCUACCUUAUAACCAAUACUUGAAUUUGCUUUUUUUAAAAUUUUUAUUUAGUGCUUUAAAUAAAACAGUGUUGAUUAAUA